AUGAGCGGAGACGAGCAGAUCUUCACCUACGAUGACAAGGACUACAAGGGCGUGACCGAGGGCAAGGCCACGAUCCUGGUCCCCGCGGAGGUCAACGACAAGAAGGGCCAGCAGGUGUUCUACAACCCCAUCCAGCAGUUCAACCGAGACCUGUCCGCGCUGGCCAUCAGAGUGUACGGCGAGGAGGUCGUCGAGAGGAAGGCUGCGCAGGCCGCCAAGGCAGCCGAGGCCGCUGCCAAGCGCAGGGACAAGAAGAGACGGCGCGCGGCUGCGGACGAGGGCGGGAACCGGCCGGCCAAGGUGCAGGUUACGGACGACGGUAAGGCCGCUGAGGUCACCAACGGCGGAGAGCCGCAACCCGAGAAUGGCGUCAAUGGCACUGGUGCCGAGGCCGAGGUGCCCGCAACAGUCACGGAAGCCAAGGAGGGCCAGGCCGAGGGUGAAGACGCAAAGGCUGUGCCAGAGAAGGAGUCGGCGCCGCCUCGCUUUACCAUCUUGGACGCCCUGUCUGCUUCCGGUCUUCGCGCGUUGCGUUACUCUCACGAGCUGCCUUUUGUGACGUCAGUGACCGCCAACGACCUGACCAAGAGUGCGAUUGAGUCAAUCAAAUUGAACAUGAAGCACAACGGUCUGGAGGACAAGAUUGUGACUAGCCACGACGAUGCGAUUGCUCACAUGUACCGGCGCAUCGCAGACGACUUGUCGAACAGGGACCGGUUCGGUAACCCCAGCAAAGAGAACAAGUACGACGCCAUCGACCUGGACCCGUACGGAACGGCCGCGCCCUUCCUGGAUGCCGCCGUGCAGGCCGUCAGAGACGAUGGUGGUCUGCUUGCCGUCACCUGCACCGACGGCAGUCACUGGGCAGGUCACUGCUACGCCGAGAAGUGCUUCUCCUUGUACGGAGGCGCACCCGUCAAGGGCCUUCACUCGCACGAAGUUGGCAUCCGCCUGAUUCUUCACGCCUUGGCGAGCGCCGGAUCAAAGUAUGGUCUCACCAUUGAGCCGCAGUUGUCCCUCUCCAUUGACUUUUACUGCCGAGUCUUUGUCAAGGUCCGCAAGUCCAAGGACGCGGUCAACUACCAGGGCGGCAAGACGAUGAUCAUGUACAACUGCCCCGGGUGCUCGGCUUGGGAGACGCAGCCCAUGGUCCGGACGCGCGCCGCGCCCAAGAAGAAGGAGGGUUACUUUUACAAGCACGGGCUGUCCCAGGGACCUCCUACCGACUCGCACUGCAGACACUGCGGCUCAAAGAUGCACAUCGCAGGACCCAUGUACAGCGGCCCCUUGCACAAUGCCGAGUUCAUCCAGCGUAUUCUCGACGUCUUACCGACGGUCGACAAGAACGUGUACCAGACGACGUCCAGAAUCGAGGGCAUGCUCCAGACAGCCCUCGAAGAGUAUCUCCCGGGCCCGGAGCCUGCAGAAGAUCUCGACCCCAAGGAUAAGGAGCUGGCGAGGGUGGACCACUACCCCUUCUUCGUCAUGCCCUCGCGGUUGGCCGGUACCUUGAGCACGCAGCAGCCGCCGGACGACAUGUUCAGGGGUGCUCUCAAGCACCUCGGCUACCGCGUCACCCGAAGCCAUUGCCGGCCCGGGAGUGUCAAGACGGAUGCGCCGUGGGAUACGAUUUGGUUCGUUAUGCAGGAGUGGGUUCGCCAAAAGGCGCCGGUGCGCACGGAAAAGAUCAACUCGCAGAUGCCGGCGUAUAAGCUACUGGGCCUGGACAAGACGGAUAAGGCAGCCAACGGGAACGCCACGGAGGUCAAGGAGGCUGAUGCCCCGGUAGAGGUGGUCGAGGUGGAGGAGAAGGAGGAGGAGGAGGCUACCAACAAGGAGGAGGAAAAGACGGCGGAUGUCGAGAUGAAGGACGGCCCGGAAGACAAGGCCGAAGAGAAGCUGUCCGAGGAGGCGCUGCGCAAGACGCUCGUGUUCGACGAGAACCUCGCCAAGCUCGGCAAGCGCAGGGAGCAGAGAAAGUUGGUCAGAUACCAGAUGAACCCGCGGGAGAACUGGGGGCCCAUGACGAGGGCGAAGGGGGCGUGA